AUGCAAUCAGGCUACGUUUUGCUCGUGGCGCUGGCUACCCUCGUCUUCUCACAAGAAACUAGUGGUUCGACACUUUCCUUUCCGAGUACAAGUCCUUUGGAUUCUGUCAAUGAGCAGGAAAGCAACCUGUCCCUGAGGAGGCACACAGAAGACCAUGCGGUUGAUAAAGAGGAAAGGGCACCGACAUGGAUAAAAAAACUAACCAACCUAGCUGACUUGGGAAAUGCAAAACUACCAGACCUGGGAAAAUUUAAGCUAAACCUACCAGACUGGGAAAAGAUCGCGGGCUACGGGAAAGCUACUGACACGGCAAGCAAACUUCUAAGCACGAAAUCCGAUGAUUCCAGGCUUGAAAUUAUCAGUGGAGUUAAGGAUAUCGACGAGAUGAAGGCCCUCUUUGCGAUGUCCAAGCCUUUCCUGAAGAAGAUGUUUCCAGACUAUGACGACACCACGUCCUUGGAGGCGCUUUCGACAAUGAUAAAAAAUUCUGACUUGAAAGAAGACGUGAAGGCAUUGGCUUUGUUAGCAUUCCAACGCUAUGCAGACAGCGUAAGAGCCGGUACCUCGAAACUGGAUGUUUCUCCGUGA